CAAACAAUUCAUGCAUAUAUUAGCCGCUUUCUUUUACCACCUCUCAUUAGAAAGAAAAAAAAAACUCUAUUUCUCUCCAUUUUUUUUUUCUUGUAUUAUAUAUAGUUAGAUUCUUCUUGUUAAUUUUCAAAUAGAAAAAAAUGGAAGAAGUAGAGAUACCCCAAUAUUUCUUGUGUCCUAUAUCUCUCCAAAUAAUGAAAGAUCCUGUGACAACAGUCACUGGAAUUACUUACGACCGUCAAAGUAUUGAACAAUGGUUAUUGAUGACAGACGAAAAUAUAGCUACAUGUCCAGUGACAAAACAACCUUUGCCUAGAGACAUCGAGUUGUUGACACCAAACCAUAUGCUCGGGCGAUUGAUCCGAUCCUGGACCAUUGGCAAUGCUGAGAAUGGGAUUGAGCAAAUUCCAUCGCCUAAAUAUCCUAUGAAUAAAUCACAUGUCAUCAGGCUAAUUCGCCAGAUGAACAAUCGCGAGACUUAUGUAGAAGCAUUAAGGAAAAUGGGUAACAUGGUCAGUGAGAACGAGAAAAAUAAGAAGUGUUUGAAUGAAGCUGGUGCAAUUAAGGCUAUGGUUUGUUUCAUAUUGAGGAGUUUUAAGGAAGGGAAAUUAAUUGUGGGACUUGAAGAAGCUUUGAGGAUUUUCCAUCUUGUUUGGAGCCCAACACAUGAAAACAAGCAACUUGUCAAGGAAAAUCAUGAUCUAAUUGAAGCUAUUUUAUGUAUUUUGAAGAGUGAAAUGAUCAACAACAACAACAACAAUCAAGUUGUAAUAAUCAAGACUCAUGCAAUUAUGGUCCUGAAAAAUGUGAUCUCAGUAUCAAGUUCAAAUCUAUUAUCGAGUCUAACACCCGAAUUUUUCCAAGAAAUGUUGAAUAUUUUGCACAAAAACAGCAAAAAUAAGGUGUCUCAACAAGCUACAAAAGCAGCUUUACAUGUGCUAAUAGAUGCAUGUCCAAGAGGAAGAAACAGGCUAAUAAUGAUAGAAUUGGGGGCUAUUUUCGAGCUAAUUGAACUCGAAUUAAGCAACAAUGAGAAAAGGGUAACUGAAUUAGUAUUCAGUCUUUUGUUAUAUUUGUGUAGUUUGGCUGAUGGGAGAGCAGAAUUAGUGAAACAUGCAGCUGGAAUUGCAGUGAUUUCUAAAAGGAUACUAAGGAUAUCUCCAGCUACAGAUGAUAGUGCAAUUCAGAUUCUUGGAUUGAUUUCUAAAUUUUCAGCUACAAAACAAGUGCUAAUAGAGAUGUUAAGAGUUGGGGCUGUGUCAAAACUUUGCAUGGUAAUUCAAGCACAUGGUGAAGCAUAUUUAAAGAAAAAAGCUAUGGAAAUCUUAAGGGCACAUUCUAAUGUUUGGAGCAAUUCUCCUUGUGUACAAAUUUAUCUCCUCACAAGAUAUCCCGGACAAUAUAUAGAGCUUUAGAAUACUGAUACUUGCAUUAGGGUAGGCUGCUACAUCACACUCUUCUUGGGGUGCGGUCUUUUUCGGACCCUGAGUGAACGUGGGAUGCUUCGUGCACCGGGCCGGGCUACCAAUAGUAAAUAAUAAUAUUCACUUCUAAAUUUCAAUUCCUUUUGUAUGAUAUAUGUAUAAAUUGUAGUAACAACAUUAUAUCCUUUUUAUUCUGCAAAACAAUAUAAUAUGCAAAAUACAUACAUUGAAACCCCAUGCAUACAAAAGUUAUGAAGAAAUUAAACUGUUUACUUGCCUCUUUA